GCGGUAAAACGAGCUCCCGCACUGCUCCCACGAGCGUCAGCUUUCGGAGCUCGAGUCAUAGACUCGAGAUAAACAGUCAUCGCAAUUUGCGAGCAACGAACUCGAUCGCCGACGCCGGGGCAUCGGGGGCAUAUAUAUUGAUGCUGCGAUCUACCGAGUCCGUGGAUCGCCGUGCCUUGCAAAAGUGUCUGCAGCUCUCGGUCCCGGGUCUUCUGUUUACGCAAACGGUGGUUGUUCACGUACGCCGACAACGAUGAACGCUUCGCGGCCUGUGGAGGAUGUGCUCGAAGAGACGACCCCGCUCCUGCUUGCGGCGGAGAGCCAGGGGAGCGGGGAUGGAGUGGGGGCGAAAACGCCGACGCCUCUGCCUAAGGGGCAAAUCUCCAUUCUGAUGCUGCUGGGACUGGCGGAGCCCAUUACGGCGCUCUGCAUAUACCCGUUUAUCAACCAGCUCAUUACCGACCUCGAUAUUACGGGUGGGGACGAGAGGAAGGUCGGGUACUAUGCCGGGAUGAUCGAAUCGAUAUUCUUCGCCAUGGAGGCGUUGUUUGUAUUCCAGUGGUCGCGGCUUUCGGACCACAUAGGCCGGAAGCCCGUGCUGCUCGUGGGCGUCGCAGGACUCUUCUUAUCCAUGAUCUCGUUCGGUCUCUCGAAGACGUUCUGGGGCCUUGUUGUCAGCCGUAGCCUUGUAGGAAUGCUCAACGGCAACACGGGCGUAAUGAAGAGCAUGAUGGCAGAAAUCACGGAUGAGACGAAUAUCUCUCACGGCUUUGCCAUGCUCCCUGUUGCGUGGUCCGCUGGCUCAACUAUGGGGCCGCUUAUUGGAGGCCAACUGGCACGGCCGCACGACCGGUGGCCAGGCGUGUUCACCCACCCGUUCUGGCGCAAGUACCCGUACUUCUUGCCGUGCGCGGCGUCUGCGGCGUUCUCGGCGUUCACGUUCGUGAUCACCGCGAUUUUCUUGAAAGAGACCGUCCACAAGCGGGCCCGUCGCGAUCCCGCCACAACGGACGACACGGCCCCUACCAGCUCCGCACACGACGACGCGCCCCCGCCCCUGCGCAAGGUGCUCACGCGGCGCGUGGUCAUCUCGAUCGCGAACUACGCCGUCGUCGCGGUGCUCGACAUCGCGUUCUUCGCGCUGCUCCCCCUCUUCCUCGCCACGCCCAUCCCGCUCGGCGGGCUCGGGCUCGCCCCGCCCACGAUUGGCGUCAUCAUCGGCACGUUCGGGCUGCUCAACGGCUGCUUCCAGGCGCUGCUCUUCGCGCGGCUCAUGGACCGCUAUGGGCCCAAGCGGCUUUUCCAGCAGGGCCUGCUCGCGUUCUUCCCGCUGUACGCGCUCUUCCCCGUGAUGAGCCUGUAUGCGAAGGCGCACGGAAUCACCCCCGUCAUCUGGGCGCUCGUGCUCCUGCAGCAGAUGCUGCUCGUUGUUAUGGACCUUGCGUUCGGCUCGAUCUUCAUCUUCAUCACGUCCUCGGCGGCGAACAACCGCGCGUUGGGCGCGACGAACGGCAUCGCGCAGUUCAUUGCGUCCGUCGUGCGCGCGCUCGGCCCCGUGGCAUCCACCUCGCUCUUCGCGGUCUCCCUGCAGCGGAACUGGCUGGGGGGCUACGGCGUGUACCCUAUCAUGAUCGCGCUCGCGCUCGUGCUCUUUACCGUGUCGACACACCUCCCGCGGAAUCUAUGGCCGAAGGAAAAGGAGGCGGAGAGCCGGACGGACUAGUGGACCGGGGAUCCACGAUCUAUGCAUUAUUGCUUGUACUAUACGAGUCGACGACCGGGCGUUCUCACGUACCUCUCCAAAAAGUUCAACUCGUCGCAUCCUCCACAUGGGAUUCAUACCUCGUCGUUUUCAUACCUCGUCGUUUUCAAGGCAUCGACACGCGACGCUGAUCACCUCCCACGACCAGUGACUCGAUGCCCACAACUUACGGAGCCUGUAGAAAAGGUUAUAUCUUGGUUCAAGCACUCGCCUUUGCGCAUCUAUGUACAUGGGUAGAUAUACAUAGAUACAGGACAAGGGAAGAGGCGAUCGUUAGCACUUCUGUAUAACCGUCGAGUCCUCUUCCUUAUUUACGUUGUUUUGGGCCGCGCGAGC